AUGGGCUACUGGAGACGAGCGGCGGGAAGAUCUAAGCUGGAAAGAGUGAGAAACGAGAAAAUCCGAGAAAUUAUGGGUGUAGAACAAACUAUAGUCGAAGAAGUGAGAGUGAAGCAGUUGAAAUAUCAUGGGCACGUCCAAAGAAUGGCACCAGAAAGACUUACAAAACAGAUAUUGGACUGGGUACCCGCGGGAAAAAGGAGAAGAGGAAGACCAAGGAAUAGUUGGAGAGAAGGCAUCAACAAAGAAAUGCAGGAAAGAGGACUGGAAGAGAAUCAAUGGAUUGGCCGUGCCGAGUGGAGACUAGAGGUAUCGGAAGACUUCGGAGCAAGUUGUAAAAGCCGAUAUUAUUAUUAUUAUUUGAACUGGGGUCGUUUUGCUCGGAGUAUUUUAUUCACUUGA